UUAGGGCUCGCAACCUCCGAGGAGCCCUGGCCUCGGCGAGGAGGUGGGGGGGACACCGAGCACCGACGCGGGGCGGAGAGAAGGACCACCGAGGCGGUGGAGGGCGAACAAAAGGCCGGGCGGGUAGGCGACGGCGAGCGGCGUCAAUGUGGAUGUAGACAAUGGCGGCGCUCAGCAGCCCGGACAGGCUUUGCUAGCGGGCUCAGAGUGGAUGGAGCUGCGGGCCUGGCAGGCUGUUUGUCCGGGGAUGAAUAAAGAGGCCCCGCUGACGACCAGCAGUGAUUCCCCGCUCGACGUGCACCUCUCUUCGGCCUCAUGUUGCUUGACUUUACUCUGAACAAACUCUCUUCGAACACUUUGAGCUCGCUGGUUGCUUGGAUGCUAACGGAGUCUGCUGAUGGAGGCGACAGCAACCUGCUAAGUCCUCCUCUCUGCUCCUCACCACAUAAUCAUCCAGCCAGGACACCCGCCGAGCUUCAAAUUGCAGACUUCCAGAAGACAGAGCUGAAAGAGGGCAGGGAGGCGGGGCUUCAUCCUUGGACCACUCACUUCAUUGGACAGACAGGGAAGCCAAAGAGAGACUACAGACCUGUCAAUUCCUGUCUCAUGAGGACCUGGCACAUGUUGUCAGUUGACUUUUCUCGUUGACGUUUUUCUGCGGCGUGACCUCCGGACACUCCGCCAUCACAUCGUUGUGGGAGAUGUUCCAGUUCAACAAGUACCCCAUGGAGAUUUUAGAGAUGCUGAGCGGACACCAGGCCCACCAGUUCAAAGGUCUGGGCCUGGAGCGUCCGUUGAGCCACCAGCAGCAGGUCCAGCUGCAACAUCAGCAGCAACUUCAGCAGCAGCACCAGACCUCCGCAGACACCUCCGGGAGUCUCCUGACUGGACUGGGCCUGGGAACCCUGCAGACCUCUCGGAGUAAUGCCUUUGCAGAUUCCUCAUCGUUGUUUGCUAAGAUGAGCGCCCCGCCUCCCUCCAUCUCGCACCAGAGUCAGUCGUCGUCAUCGUCCCACAGCUCCCGGAAGUCCAGCAAGAUGAGUAGCAGCAGCGGAAGCUCCUCAUCGGCGUAUCCACAGUUUCUGCGACCUUUUCAUCCAGCUGAGGCAGCGCUGGCGCAGGAGCAGCUCCACUCGGGAAUAGGACGCUUUGACUUUGGGGGCAGUGCAACUAGCGGUAGCGCGGGGGUCAUUGGAGGAGUGGUCACCCCUGCGCCCCCGCCUCCUCCGCUGCAUCCAGGUCUUUCGGUGGCCCAGCCCUCCCCAGUACCCUCUUCCUCCUCCCCCUCUACCUCCACCUCUGUGUCAGCUUCUAACAAUCCCUCUGGCGGCACAGCGGUGCCCCUCGUGGGCCAGUCAGACCCCCGCAGCCUCCACCAGCAGUUCAGCUGCAUGCUGGCCGCCAACCAGUACUUCCUGUCAGGAGUGCCCACCAACAGCAGCUUGGAGCAGUUCCUGGUCCAGCAGGGCACUCACAACCACUUGGGCCUGGGGCUCAGUCAGGGGGCCACCGAGUCGGCCUCAUCCCUGGCCCCUCCCCCCGCCCUGCACUCCUCCCACAGCCACGCAGCACCGCAACCUCAGCAGCAGCAACAGCAGCUGACCCCCCACGCCUUAUCUCACCCACACACCCACACUCACCACCCUCACCCUCUUCACCCUGCCCCCCAGCCCGCCCCCUUGGGUGGGUUUGACUUCCAAAGCAUUCCUGUGCUGUCCUCCAAUCAGAUAGCUUCACUCAUGCAGCAGGAGGCGGGCAUCCCGCUUCCCCUGCCCCUUCACUUGUCGCUCCCCAAAGAUGACAGCUCAAAGUCGGGGGACAGCUCGUCAACAUCGGCCUCCAGUGGGGGGAGCAGGAGGAAAAAAGCCAUGGCCGGCUACCUCCCUCAAAGGAAAGCCGACAGUCACGCUCACAGCAGCUCCAGCGGUCACCGUCACAGCUCCUCUUCUGGCCUCCUGGGAGGAGCAUCUGGAGGCGUUGGCAUGAGCGGCAUCGGAGGUGGGCAGCAGCAUUCCUCUCUCCUCUCAUCACCGUCGCAGCAACACCAGUCGUCCUCCACAGUGUCUUCCUCAUCAUCAUCCGCCCCCUCCUCAUCAAACUCUGCUUCUGUCCUGGUGGACAGUGGAGACCAGCGCUUGUCCAAAUCCCAAGAGAGACGCAGUAGCAGCUCAUCCGGUCAGGCUGAAGCAGAAGCCCUGUACCACUGUGGGGAGUGUGGGAAAACCUUCACCCACCUGUCCAGCCUACGGCGCCACCUGCGCAGCCACGGCUUGACCCCCGAAAGCCACAGCAGGAAGUCGGACUGUACCUCACCCAGUCCGGAGAGGAUCUUCUGCUGCGGUGACUGUGGGAAGAGGUUUAAAAAGCGGGGCCACCUCAUCCAGCACAGCGUCACGCACUCUGAAAACCGACCGUUCGUCUGCAACAUUUGUCAGAAGUCCUUCAACCGCCGCGAGUCGCUCACGCGGCACGAGAAGAUCCACGACGAGAAGCCAUUCCGGUGCCCGGCGUGUGGCCGCUGUUUCCGCGAGAGCACCUCCCUCCUCAACCACGCCGCAUCAGGGGCCUGUGGCAAACCUCCGCGAAGUUCCAAGAACCGGUCCAGUGGCAGCGGCUCAUCCAACCCCAGCAGUAGCAGCAGUAAAUCACGGCGAGAUGGAGGUCAAGUCGUGAUGUCCAAUGAGGUUGCGGUCAUUCCUAACACGGACUACUCCAGAAGUCGCUACCCCAACCAGACGUCCUACGACGGGGUGGUGGACGAUUACAGACGCUCGCAGUCGUCAUCGCUGUACUCGCCGGAUGACAUGAGCAGCCAAACUCUCCGGAAGGCCCCCCUCGCCCCAACUCUUCACCCUCACCCUCAAAGUCAGCAACACCACCUUCCUCUCUCCUCCUUAUUGGAUGAUUCUGAGGACGAGGUCACCAGCAGUGCUAUGUCCGCCAUCGCUGCGGCAGCGGCGGCCUCGUGCAACAUCAAUACAGAAGGAAGGGACGGGGAACGAAGAGACAUCAUUGGAGGGCUGCUGGGCGGGUUGGGGUUUGGUAACUUGGGGGGUCCGUCAUCCUCCCCCAGCCUCAACGGUUCCACCAUGCCGCUAACGCACCACAGCCAAAUCCCCACCAAGCCCAGGAGGCCCCGAAAGCCCAGAGAGAAGAGGGACCCCAACAACAUUGUCAGGAGGAGGCGUAGUCCCGCGCCCCCGGGUGACGGCUCGGAGCGGCCGUACGGGUGUCAGCUGUGUGGCAAGCGCUUCCGUAGGGCCGAGACGCUGCGGCGGCACAACAGGGUCCACACCGGCGAGAAGCCUCACGCCUGUGACGUUUGUGGGAAAAUGUUCCGUGAGCCUUUCCACCUGACCAAACAUUUGACGGUUCACUCGGGUCAGAAGAACUACAAGUGCAACCUGUGCGGCAAGAUGUUUGCCUACGCUCAGAGCCUCGUCAGACAUGGCAAGUUGCACCGCAAAGGAGAGAUUGAUAACCAGGGGCGGAGAAUCAAGGGAGCGGCUGCCGCCAUCAGUCAAGUGGCAGGCUCUGACUUUUUCUCGUCUUGUUCCCAAGAGGAAAAGUCUCCGACAUCUGGCACCCCGUCCCAGAGGCUGUACACCUGCACGGUGUGCUGGAAGUCCUUCCGCCAUUAUUUCCACCUGACGGCACAUCAACAGACUGUGCAUGGCGGCGGCGUGGGCCUGGAGAAAUCCUUUCGAUGUGAAGUUUGCGGUAAAGCCUUUGCUUACUCCAACAGCUUAGUGCGUCAUAAGCUGUCCCAGCACGGCAUCGACCGCAGCGGCCAGAGGGUCAACCACUCCCCGGCGCCGGGAUACUCGCCCCUCUUCUACGACUCCAGCUCAGUCUCCACCUACAGCGCCUCAUCUCACAUGCAACAAGUGGCGAGCCAGCCGCCCCCCCUGCAGCAGCAGGAAGCGCAGCACCCUUUUCACUACAGGCCCAAAAACUUCCACAAGGAACCCGAACAGAUGAAAAAGCGGCGGAAUAAAAGAAGGCGGGUGGUCAUCCACAGCAUCAUGAGGGACGGGAAGCUCGUGGGCGUGCCGCUCAGCAAGGAAACACGCAGAAAGUUGUUGAUGCUGAGAAAGAGGAGGGGGCGGCUGCAGGCGCACAUCAACAAGAAGAAACUCCUGGCACAGCUGAGGGUCUGUGGUGGGGCGGCAGCAAUCAAGUCCUGGUUGGGAGGGGCUGUGAGAGUUGCAGGGCUCAUGUCCAUGGACAUCCCCAUCAAGCGCUUCCCGUGUCCCGUCUGCCCCAGCGCCACCUAUGCCAGGAUGGGCUCUGUGCUGCUACACCGCGCUGUGCGACACCCACCCCGGAUGUGGGGCCGCCGUGCCCGCCUGCAGUGUGCGGUGUGCGGGCGCCGCAGCGGCUCCUUAUUCAAAGCCCUCAAACACCGCGGCCACCACCUCAAGCAAAUCUCCUCCCAGUGCCACAAAUGCAGACGCCGCUUCUGGAACCAGCGACUCCUGGACCGACACAAGUACUCGUGCCGGGCCUCCAGGUUGGGGGGGUGUGUUGGGAACUGGGCACUUAUGAAGAUCAAGUCCCCGUUGUCCGACGGCGAACAUUCGCCGGUCCAGCUAACAAUGCCGGCUCUGGUCCCACACGAGAGGUCAUCAGUUCUGACGGAGUACGCUCAUUAAUUAAACACAUUUCUUCGUUAGAUUAGGUUAUUCUAAUUCUUUUUUUUUAAUAAUCAAGAGGCGAGUGACAGCUGGGAGCCUUUUAAAAAAAGGGAGAAGAGGGAGGACCCUCCUCAUGCCUCCCAGUCCCACAGUGACCCAAUAGUACUGCAGGGUGGACUUAAAAGACACCUGGUCACAUGACAUGUUUUAGUAGCAGCUGUUUUAUUGAUGUUAGUGCACAUUGAAACAACAACACUACCCCGUCUUGUCUUGUACCUUUUCUAUUAACCUCGUUUGUUUCGUCACUCCACGUUGAAAGAUGCCUUAUUUGGUCAACGCAACACAAGGUGACACUUGACCUUUUUAAGACAAAACCCUUCAUGUAGGAAUAUCCCGGAGUGUAAUGUACAAUUCCUAUUAUAUUUUAUUAUAUAUAAUGGACAACUUGCUGUUUUUUACUCCCAAGUAUCAGUGUUGCUGUUGUGAAGGGGUGGGUGGGAUGAUGUGUCCACGUGUUCUUUUCUUUCCUUUCCUUCACUUUUUGUAACUAAAUUGUGUACACAUCCUUUGACUUAGCUCCUAUACACGUCUUCAUUUGUUUUUAUGUACAACUAAAACAUGUAAUAUUACUAAAUAACUAUUCUUUUCUUUGCAUAAAAGUGACUUGUCGAAAACCCUGAAAUUAAAAAAAAAAAGUCAAAUGUGAAAUCUGUUGGCCUAAAUGU